UGCAGUAUUACGCGAUCGUUUGACGUAUAAACACAUUGCCUGUGUUCAGUAUCGAAAUUUGUUUCAAUUUUGAAAUGUCACGUGAAGUUUUUAGCCGGGAUUCAUUUAUUUGUAUUUUGAAGUGAAAAAAAAAAUCAGUUGAGUUGAGAGAAAUGAGUUUUAUUCACAUAAAAAAGUACUUUGUAGAAUUUGGACGUAAAUCUGAUGAUAAGUGAAUUAAAAACAUUGUCUAUUGACGUAUUCUCAAGGUCAUUCGAUCGUAAAAUACGUAUUUUGUUACUGAAACAUUGGUGAUCGAAGGCAUCGGUCAAAGUUUAGCAUGGAGAACGGUCAAUCGAAUCGAUUUCUGAAAUGGAAACGCACUGCAAAGACACUAGGCAUCAUGUUUGGCUUAACAUUUAUGAUCUAUUUUGCCGCUGUAUCUUAUCUGGUGGGAGCUAAAUUGAUAAUACCAGUCUUGGUAUCGGUCUUGAACUUGGUAGCCACGGGCACAUGGCUGCAUGGUUUGGCUAACAAUAAAACUGGUUUUUUACUACUAUCGCUCAUGGCUUGGGGCAUUCCGCUUAAUGUCAUGAUUGGUCUCAUUUUCUAUUUUAUACUUCAAAAACCGCUGUUUCGUGAAAUUGUGCCGAUAUAUUCGGCCCAUGAAAUUAUCGCAUUCGCUGUGACUGCACAUUUUGUACUUUUUUACUUCGUUUUGAUCGUCAGUUAUCGAUCGAUAAAAUUGCACGGAAGACGGACUGAAAGUGAUUUUGACUGGAAAAUCGUUGGCAUUGCGGUCGGUUGGCUUGUACUUGCAUUUAGCAUUGGGUUGACCACAUUCUUUAUAUACUUGUCAGUUAUUUAUAAAGCAACAAUUGCCCUUCUGGUCACUUGUUUGAUUUUUGGUGAGAUGAAUUUUCUUUUCAAUUUUUUUUUUAACGUAUAAACUUUUAGCCAAGACCAGCUAUGGCAAUUCUAACCAAACAAAAUACAAAUGAACCCGUGAGCAUAAAAAGAACGUAUUGACUCUUCGCCGAUGAAUACGAAACGCAAAAAAAUCGCCGAACAAAGUGAAACACCAAUCUGUUAUUGGAUCAAUAUGAAACAUGAAAUCGUUGGCCACUAUUUUAUUUACGUUGCGCUUUGUUUCGAAGC